CAGACUCGAACACGUUGAACAAUGAAUGAAUCGUUAUGAACAUAUUUCCCAUUUGACGCACCUACGGACCUUUUAUACCAUUUUUGAACGACUUGCGUUUUUGUUUUGAUUGUACCUUCGUUUUUGGUUGUCAGAGACACGUUGCUGCUUCCCGUCGUGUUCUUCCUUCCGUGGUCGGUGACUGCCCGAUUGGUUGCAUCUCUUCGUGCUGCGUUCGCUGGAUAUCGUGACGCUCCUUCCUCAUCCGAUUGCAUGUGUUAACGCAUUCAUAGACUAGUCGAGUUACUGUCGUGUGUGUUUACUGUGCGCUCCAUUUCAGCCCGAUCGUCUCUCGGCAUUUCAAACCUGCUCUGACGGAACCGUUACAUUUUGGUGUCAGAGGUGGGAUCAUACACAAAUGGACAACCAAGAGUUCAGCCCACCCGAAGUAAAAUCUAAUGUUCGCUGUUUUACACACGAAUGUUCACAUGGUUUUCGUCCAACGCCCCGACAGCCGCCAGUUUUUCAGCCGGACGACGACUUCGAAAACUGGGAAUUUCAGGUCUCAGCCUACUUAUCCACUAUCCCCGAGAAAGAUGUCGGAAUUUUUAUCCUCAGCUUUCUGAGCGACGAAGCUUUGCGCCUCAUCCGUUCAACGGGUAUUACUCCGAAGUCUUCUUCCUCAGAGAUAUGGGAGGCUUUGCGCCGUCUAUUUGUAAAAUCAGAGCCUGCUGUGAUUUACGAGGAGAGGUUCGCUACCCGCAACCAGUUGCCCGGCGAAACGGUGGAUGUGUUCUCACGUGCGCUUAGAGACCUCGCACUGAAAGCUUUCCCCGAACUUUCGUCUUCCGCACGGGAGAAUUGUGUUUGCAAACGUUUUUGUAUGGGCUUGCGCGACAAGUCGCUUCGUAACGAGUUGGUGCGCAGACUACCAUGCCGCCUCGAAGAGUUGCUGAAGGAUGCGCGGACACAAGAGGCAAUGGAAAUACUAGACAGCACUUCCGAGUCCCCUGGAAUUCGUGAAUGCCAUGCGAUUGGUCCCACCACAGCGAAGAUACACGAAACUAUGAAAACCACUCCGCCUACACCGAACCCGCCGAACGCGAGUUGCUGGUACUGCCACCGGUUUGGAAAGCGUGCUCAACACUGCGGGCACAAUCCCCCGAUCAGGCCGCGAAGACCCCGAGGUAGGUCUAAACACUUAAUGUCUGCUUUUGUUUGUAAUGCGGUAAUUAGUCCGUUGACCACGGUUGGGUUCCUGAACGAUGCUGUUUUGCGUUUUUUGAUUGACACUGGAGCAUCAUGUUCUCUGUUGCGAUUAGAUGUAGCCAGUCGUCUCGGUGAUCGUCGAGCAUUCCGUAUGAAACGGCUACGUGUAGUUACUGCUAACGGGUCUGAACUACCAGUAGUAUCCUCCCUAAUCGCCAGGGUCCGUUUGGGCAAAAUCACAGCUACUCACGAGUUUUUAGUCUGUCGGAACCUUAAAUGGGAAGCCAUCUUGGGAAUGGAUUUUUGGGCCAACACGCGAGUACUCUUUACCUCUCCAGCGCUACUUUGACACAUGAUCCGUUAAGGAACAGCACAGGCGACGCUCUGAGUUCAUUGCAUUCCUGUCCGGUUUCGCUCGAACCAUCUGAAGCUUCACCGUUUAUGUCCGACGUAAUCGAUCCCUUAAAUAAUGAUACGACUUUGCCUCUAAAACACAAGAUGCAACUUUGUUCUUUGCUCCGAGAGUUUGAGGAUUUAUUUGGUGAUGACAAGCUUGGACGUACAAGCAUAAUUCAGCAUGAAAUUUACACGGGCACCCAACACCCUAUUCGCCAGCCGGCCCGGAGAGUCCCCAUACACUACCAACCUCAACUCGAUAAUAUGAUUAAGGACAUGUUGGAGAAGCACGUUAUUCGUCCGUCAACGUCACCAUGGGCCUCUCCCAUCGUCCUAGUUAAAAAGAAAGAUGGAUCUCUACGACUCUGUGUAGAUUACAGGAGACUGAACGAGGUUACCCGAAAGGAUUCUUUUCCGCUGCCACGUAUCGAUGCUACUUUCGAUGCGCUCCAUGGUGCACGUUGGUUUUCAACCCUCGACUUGGCCGCUGGGUACUGGCAGGUGGAGGUCCGCCCAUCUGAUCGAGGCAAGACAGCUUUUAUCGUGCCAUCGGGUUUGUAUGAAUUUGAGACAAUGCCUUUUGGGUUGGCAAACGCUCCCGCAACGUUUCAACGGCUGAUGCAAAAGGUUUUGGAAGGGCUUGUGCCGAAGGAAUGCCUAAUUUACUUGGACGAUGUUAUAGUCCAUGGCAGUUCCGUCGAAGAACAUAAUGACCGACUGCGCAUUGUCCUGCAACGGCUACGGCAAGCCGGACUAAGGCUGAAAGGUUCUAAGUGCCGAUUCCUGCGUAGCCAAGUUACUUUCUUGGGUCAUGUCAUCACACCAAACGGUAUCAGCACCGACCCUGGUAAAUGUGAAAAGGUUCAAUCGUGGCCACGACCUCGUAAUGUGGAGGAUCUACGAAGCUUCCUGGGACUUGCCUCAUAUUAUCGCAGGUUUAUUCGUAAUUUCGCUACCAUCUCGGCUCCGCUACAUCGCCUGACCGAAAAGGGCCGACAGUUCCUUUGGACCGAUGAGUGUAAUCGAGCUUUCACACAACUGAAAGAAUGUCUAUCAUCACCACCAAUUCUUGGCCUUCCUGACGUUUCUGAUACAGCGGGACCAUUCGUGCUGGAUACAGACGCCAGUGCUGACGCGAUAGGAGCAGUCUUGUCACAGAAAACAUCAAGUGGCGAAGUUGUGAUUGCUUACGCUAGCCGCCGUCUAGACAAACGGGAGCGCAGGUACAGCACCACCAGACGCGAGUUACUGGCUUUGGUCAAGUUUCUCAGAUACUUUCGACCAUACCUCAUUGGAAAACCGUUUCUGGUUCGAACGGAUCACCAAUCUCUUCAGUGGCUUCGAAACUUCCGUGACCCUGAGGGACAAGUCGCGCGAUGGCAAGAACAGUUACAAGAGUACGAAUUCACAUGUGAAUACCGGCCCGGCGCACGACAUGCCAAUGCAGACGCGCUUUCCAGACUUCCUGCAUCGGACGAAGUGAACGCGGUUUUACAUGAUCUAGAGGUGGAUGAAGCAUGGGCCAAUGACCAGUCUGAUGACCCUUACAUCUCCAACAUAUACAAGCGUCAACUGGAUGGAUCGUCGAAACCUUCUGGGAUCGAAAUGCAAUCUCGAUCAGCGGAGGAACGUGCGCUCUGGGGACAUUGGGGUAGUUUGAAGGCCAUCGGUAGAGUUUUGUAUUUGCUGGAUAAGUCUGGUCCGAAACUUAUUACUCCGACGGUGCGAAUACCACCUGUUUUACAGAAAGUUCACAAUGAGUUAGGCCACGCGGGUCAGAGGAAGACGGAAGCUGCUGUACGCCAACGCUACUGGUGGCCGGGGAUACACGCCGAUGUUACCAAGUUCUGCAACGAAUGCGACAUUUGUACUUCUGUGAAGUCACCUGCAACCGUACCGCGAGCUCCUCUGAUGCCCAUGGUCACUACCGCACCGGGUCAACGCAUUGGUGUAGAUCUGAUGGGCCCUCUCCCAAUCACGGCGAAUGGGAAUCGACACAUUUUAGUCCUCGUCGACUACUUUACGAAGUGGUGCGAAGCAGUUCCAAUCAAACAACCCGAUGCAGCAACGGUCGCAUCCGCUUUUGUAAACGAAUGGGUUGCUCGAUAUGGCGCCCCAUUGUCACUUCAUUCAGAUCAGGGCGCUGCUUUCGAGAGCCAACUGAUGCGCGAAGUUUGUCGGCUGCUCUCUAUCAGGAAGACGCGGACUACACCCUAUCACCCCCAGGGAAACGGACUGGUAGAACGUACGAACCGAACUAUCAAAGGAAUCCUCCAAACUUUUAUUGAACGACAACAGACGAAUCGUUGGGAUGAGCUUUUACCACAAUGCAUGAUGGCUUACCGUGCGGCAGUGCAUGCAACCACGGGCUACUCUCCAGCUUAUCUGACACACGGUCAAGAGCUUCGGUUGCCGGUAGAACUGAUGUCUCCGAUCCCACCGCUAGAGGCUUGUUCUCUCUUGGACUAUGUACGCGAUCUACGGGAGCGUCUUCGAUCUGCGUUCCUCAGCGUCCAGCUAAACAUGAGAAAUGCGCAAAACCGCCAAAAACAGUGUUAUGACCAGCGCUGUCUCGGGCCAGAAUACCACGUAGGAGAUCAUGUGUGGCUGCACCGACCGAAGCCUCCUGCAGGCGCGUCCAGUAAAUUUCAUCGCCAAUGGCAAGGCCCUUACGAAAUUGUGUUUAUCCGUUCCCCCACGGUAUAUGUAAUUCGGAGUGUCAAUGAGCCGAGAUCAGACGUUUUAACUGUUCAUUACAAUCAAUUGAAACCAGCUACUUCGUCAUCGAACUCUGCACCAUCAGACGGAAUAGUUCCCCCGGGAUGCCUGCCUAUGGUGGAAGGAACUGUAGAGAUACCACCCGAAGGCGGGAUGGCUACGGCAGCAGACACGGAGGCACUGAGGGCAGUGCCCAAUGCAGGAGGGGGCAGUGUAACGAAACCGAAACUGUAAUGGGACUUUGAACGAACCGCCACUUUUAAUUCUCUUUCUUCUUUCCUUUUUCAGACUCGAACACGUUGAACAAUGAAUGAAUCGUUAUGAACAUAUUUCCCAUUUGACGCACCUACGGACCUUUUAUACCAUUUUUGAACGACUUGCGUUUUUGUUUUGAUUGUACCUUCGUUUUUGGUUGUCAGAGACACGUUGCUGCUUCCCGUCGUGUUCUUCCUUCCGUGGUCGGUGACUGCCCGAUUGGUUGCAUCUCUUCGUGCUGCGUUCGCUGGAUAUCGUGACGCUCCUUCCUCAUCCGAUUGCAUGUGUUAACGCAUUCAUAGACUAGUCGAGUUACUGUCGUGUGUGUUUACUGUGCGCUCCAUUUCAGCCCGAUCGUCUCUCGGCAUUUCAAACCUGCUCUGACGGAACCGUUACAG